GCCCAUGACUGGAGACAGCCAAACACCCCCCUCUCAGACUGCCAGGCUUGGCCUGGCACUGCUCCCAGUCCAGCUUCCCACAAGGGUCUGUGACUGGGGAGUGCCCAGGGGACAAGCAGGGCCGACUUCUCAGCCCUAGGACAUUAAGCAGCUUGCCCGUGGGUGCCUGGGGUCAGGAGCUGCCAUGCUCAGCCCCUCUGAUAGGGAGAGCAGCAGCAGCAGCAGCAGCCCCAGCGUGCUGAGCCUCGGGGCCGGGAGCAGGGAAGACGGGGAGCCAGAGGGAGAGGAGAAAAUCUGUGCUGUGUGCGGCGACCGAGCUACUGGCUACCACUUCCAUGUCAUGACCUGCGAGGGCUGCAAGGGCUUCUUCAGGCGGUCGAUCAGCAAGGGCGUGUGCUUCACCUGCCCCUUCACCCGCAACUGCACCAUCACCAAAGCCAAGCGCCGGCAGUGCCAAGCCUGCCGCCUCCAGAAGUGCCUGGCUGUGGGCAUGAGGAAGGACAUGAUCAUGUCAGAAGAGGCUCUGCAGAUGCGCCGGGUCCUGCGGAAGAGGAAGCAGCAGGAGCGGGAGCCGGCGGGGGUGCCAGCAGAGCUGACAGAGGAGCAGGAGCAGCUCAUCAGCAUCCUCAUCGAGGCCCACAAGAGGCACUUCGACUCUGGCUUCUCCCAGUUCGCGCAUUGCCGGCCUCCGGUGCGAUUGUACAUCCACAGCCUGAGCCCUCAGAACCCACAGGAGCCCAGGGUUCCCCAUGUCCUGCAGGGGCUCUCCCAGCCUCAGGAGGGCGGCCCUCGGGCCCCCUUGCAGAGCCUGCCAGGGGACAUGCUGCCUGACAUCUUCUCCAUGCUGCCCCACUUUGCCGACCUCAGCACCAUCCUCAUCCAGCAAGUGAUCAAAUUUGCCAAGGAGAUCCCAGCCUUCAGGAGUUUGCCGAUUGAUGACCAGAUCUCGCUUCUCAAAGGCGCCACUUUGGAGAUCUGCCAGAUCCAGUUCAACACAAUCUUCAACGAGGAGACCAAGGUCUGGGAGUGCGGCCAGCACUGCUACACCAUCCAAGACGGCGCCCUGGCUGGGUUCCAGCAGAUCUACCUGGAGCCGCUGCUCAAGUUCCACAUCAGUCUGAGGAAGCUGAGGCUGCACGAGGCUGAGUACGUCCUGCUGCUGGCCAUCGCCCUGUUCUCGCCUGACCACCCUGGCAUCACCCAGCACCACACCGUCGACCAGCUGCAGGAGAAGAUGGCUCUCACGCUGAAGAGCUACAUUGACCAACGGCACCCACUGCCCGAAGGCAGGCUCCUCUACGCAAAGCUGCUCUUGCUGCUGACCGAGCUGCGGACGCUCAAGGUGGAGAACACACGGCAGAUCCUGCACAUCCAGGACCUGACCGCCAUGACGCCGCUGCUCUCCGAGAUCAUCAGCUAGAGCCCGGAGUCAGGACCUGCUGGCUGGCCUGGCCCUCCUCGCUGGGGCCAGGAUCCCACUGGACCAGGGGCCCCCUGGCUGGGGUGGGUACCCUACUGGACAGGGCCUCCCAUCGGUGGGGCUGGGACCCCACUGAACUGAGCCCCCCUCACUGGGGCCAGGACCCCACUGGACCGGGCCUCCCCUUGCUGGGGCUGGGACCCCACUGGACCGGGCCUCCCCUUGCUGGGGCCGGGACCCCACUGGACCGGGAACCUCCCCCCAGCUACUUUCCAAGCCCAUCUGCUGCCCCCCAGGAGCUCAAGGACUCCUCGGCUGAGCCCUGCAGCCGGAUCCAGCCGCCCGAUCUUGUUGCUCCUGCCUUGUUGAUCCUCUCCCCUCCACUCAGCGAAUCCAACCCGCUCUCAGCUCCAGGGGGCCUGGGCUGGCUGUGGCUCCGAGGAAUCAAAACCAACCCCUUGGCUCAGCUGAGCCCCUGCCCAGCCAGCACCGCUUGUGCAGAGCAGCCCAGGGACACGGCUGAAAUGGGCCAGAACCAGCCUGCGUCUGGACCAGAUAUGAGCCUGAUGCUUGAGCCCAGGUAGGCCCAGAUGCUGGAUGCUGCAGCCAGGCAGGGGUGGGACUGGGCAUGUGGCCAUUCGGUUCCACCUGCGGCCUCGGGGGCUCUAGCCCUUCUGCCCAGUGUCACCUUGGGCCAGCGUCUGCACCAGAGCCUAGCCAGGCCCAGCGCUGGGAGCAGGAGCACUGGGUAUGGCUGAGAGUGAGACACCAAGUGGGAAGGGGAGUCAGACCCACGAGUGGGGCAGACCCUGUGAUUCUCCAGGGCCUGCUCUGAGCCCAGUAGGCAGCGUGGGGCUGCCCACUGCCGCUCACAAGCCUAGAGGAGCACCCAGUCCAGGAUGUGCCAGCGCCUGCAGCCAGCCUGGCAAGACAGCCUGGCAUGAGGCCUGCAUCCCCCAGCCCUGUGUGGGGCCUGCCCUUCAGCCCCCCAACCCUGACCCUUGCCUCUGUGUGGGGCCUUCCCCCUGGUCCAAAGCCUGUGCCUUGGCAGUGCCCCACCGCAGCACUGCCUCCUGCCCUAUACAGAGCCUGCCCCCCUCUAUACAGGUCCUGGCCCUCAGCCCUGACCCAUCCCACAGGGAAUGCCCCCCUCAGUCCUGCCCCCCCAAUUCAGGGCCUGCCCCUUGACCCUGCCCCACCCUAGGACAAGAUCAGCCUGCUGGCCACACAGGAUUGACCCUUUUAAACAGGAAAACUGAGGCACCAAGCAGUGCUGUGACUUGAGCCUCUGGCCGUUGGUUUCUCAGCCUGGCUCUGCUCCCAAGGGCCGUGGCUCUAGCUGCCAGGAGCCGAAAAGUGCUGCCAGCGUAGCCGAGAGGGGCCCAGCUGGGGAGCCAGGGAGAUCAUGCCCACUUGCCCGGCUGCCCUUGUAGGGUGGACAAGGUCAUAUUGGCUGGGUCCCUCGUGUCUCUGGACAUGGGGAGGGUGUUUGUUUGAGGCCUGUUGCUGGAGUUGUGAGUGCUCAGCAUAGGCCAGUGCCCAGGGGCCCUGGGGUCAGAGGGCACAGAACCCAGGUGUCCUAUCUGUCCCAGGUGCGGCCAUUUACUCUAGUGAGGCACUCUCAGUGUCUGUUU